ACUUCCUGAAUUUUCGCGUCAGGUGUCUAGUUCGUUGUUGCUAAUCGGCCCGGAUACUUUUCACGUUAAAUGGCCAUCUGUGUCCAGUUCGGUAGUUGUAGUUAAGUGGGGCAAAACGGCACCGUUUCCUCCACCCAGUCCCACCUGGUGCGGUCCUGCAUGGCGGGUCUGAUGGAUUUGGUCGUCCGGUUUUCGGGACCUGCCGGCAGAUCGUACCGGGCGUUUUCUAAAGGGCUCACCCGCACCCUGCUUAUUUUCUUUGAGCUGGCCUGGAAACUCCGGAUCAAGUUCCCCUAUUUGUACCUCAUCGCCUCCAUGAUGUUCAACGUACGACUACAGGUUCACAUCGAAAUCCACUGACCCUCUCUGUACCCUGGAGACCGAAUGGAACCUGACCAGAGGGCAGCAGCUUUCCCGACCCCAACUGGCACGGAGGAGUGUCACGAGUGAUCCUAUUACAAUCUGUGGGAGAGGACUUCAGGAUGCCAGUGGGGAAUUUUGCCUUGGUGUGGCAGGAGGUGGGUGAAGACAUCUUGACAUUUCGUGUAGAGGAUGCUUACUUGCGUUGUGCCCCACUGCCCGACUUUGAAAACCGUCACGUUGAAAGCCCCUGAGGAUGUUCAGAGUCGGCGUGGGACAAAUCAGCUUGAUGCUUUUUUUUUUUUUUUUUUUUGGUGUGACUUAGGGGACUUUAUCAAAGGAAAUGGACAGUUAGAAUAGGAGUCGAGGGGUAAUUAGUGGAAUACAUGUGCUAUUGUGUGCUUGUGUCCUGUCAGCUCGGUGGUGCGUGCAGUGCUGUGGCCUGUGCCUGCUCCCCGUAGCCAUGAUGCAGGUGCAGGGAGCCCCUACAUCUG